CAGUACUGUGGUUGUUGAUGUUGUGUUUAAGGAUCUUCAUUAUAUUCUAAGAUGCAUCUUGUGGAAAAGCUUGGUGUGCUUGAAAUGCAAUAAUUUUAUUGACAAACUAUUCUCUGAUAUUUAGAGUAAGAUAGAUGUCUGUUGAUGGAGCUUAUCAUGCUAUCACCAUUGACGAAAGGUUGGUCAACCUCGAUAGUACUCCAAUUGAUCAAGAUUGUUAUGUAUUUAAAGUGCAGUACCAUCGUUUACGCGAGAUAAAUGCCAAGGCAUAUGAACCUGAUCUGCUUGCCAUUGGUCCUUAUCACCAUGGAAAGGAUCACCUUAGUUUUAUGGAAAUGCACAAAUUUUGAGAUUUCUCCAUCAAAUGCUUAAAAGAAGGGGUGAGAAUGGUGCAGAAAGAUACAUCACAGCCAUGAUAGGAAGGUAGAAAGAGCUCGUAGAUUCUAUGCAGAUCAGUUUCCUGAAUUAUCCAAAGAUGAGUUUGUAGAAAUGAUGCUAAUUGAUGGGUGUUUCAUCAUUGAGUUGUUCCGCAUCCAACGUGACAUAAUCCUCCAGGGUUCGAGACUUGAUACAAUCUCCCAAUCCGUUGAAAAUGAACCAAUCUUCCAAACAGAUUGGAUGUUUAAUGGCAUAAUGCGUGAUCUACUGUUAUUUGAAAAUCAACUGCCGUUCUUCAUUCUUACUGAAUUGUUUGAGAUGAGUGAGGGUCACAAUCAACAAUAUCCUGAUAAUGCUCACCAUGAGAGUGUCUCAACACGACAUCUUCUUGACUGUGCCUUGGCUUUCUUUUCUCUUUCUUUGGAGAUAUCGUUUGUUUUGGAUGUCAAUGGAUCAAAUUAUGUUUCAACCACAAAGCAUCUACUCGGUCUGGUACAUGAAGCUAUCAAUCCUUCAUCUAAAGAGCGAAGACCACAAAAGAGAAGUGUUGAACCCAAAGAGACAAAAAAGUUAAAGAAUCUAGCUCAUCCAAACGAGAAUGAAGACUGGAAUUCAAUACCUUAUGCUACAUACUUUCGAAUGAGUGGAUUUGGGUUUCAUAAGGCAAAGAUACUUAGGGAUGUUCUACUUGGUGAGGUUAAAGCUAAGAGGGAAGAGUGGAAGCCAAUACCAAAUGUCAGAGAGCUUCAAGAGGCUGGAGUCAAAUUCAAGAAGGCAAAGAUAGAUAACUUGUUUCACAUAAAGUUCAACAAUGGUGUAAUGGAAAUUCCACCUUUGAAUAUUGUAGAUAACACGGAGUCAGUCUUCCGAAAUCUAAUUGCCUAUGAGCAACAUAGCCAACAUAUUGAUCUCAAUUAUUUUACCGACUUUGCAACCCUCGUGGAUUAUCUGAUUAACACUUCAAAGGAUGUCGAAUUACUUCCUCGAAAAGGAAUAAUUAAUAGUUGGAUGGGUGAUGAUGAAGUUGUUUCCAACAUGUUCAACAAAUUUUGUAGCUACACCCAUUUUAGCAACGGCUUCUAUUAUGCUGACAUUAUCAAGGAAGUGAACAAGCAUCGUGACAAACGCUGGAAUGUACGGAAGGCAAAAUUAAGACAUGAUUAUUUCAACAGCCCUUGGGCAUUGCUUUCAGUUCUAGCAGUUAUCUUAUUGCUUCUACUAGCAAUUGCACAAACCUUAUUUUCCAUUCUUUCUUAUGUUGUCAAAUGAGUCAUGGCUCCUCAGGAAAUAUUUUCUCUUGAGCUUCCAAAAUCAUUUUAUGUUUAAAUAUUGGAUGGAUUAAUUGGGGCUGCAUCUUUGCUUACUUUUUCGAUUUUAAUUUCCCGGAUGUAACUCUUUCAUGUGCAUCUAUUUGAAUAUUGCAGCUUCUGAUAUUUAUCCA